GGCCCCACCCCCGACCCGGGCCCUAGACGAACUUGCAGCCCCGCUCUGCUUGAGCGUCCUGCAGGCAGGGAACGCUGACCAUGGCCAUGACUCUGGGUUACUGGGACAUCCGAGGGCUGGCGCACGCCAUCCGCCUGCUCCUGGAGUACACAGACUCCAACUACGAGGAGAAGAAGUACACGAUGGGGGACGCUCCCAACUAUGACAGAAGCCAGUGGCUGAAUGAAAAGUUCAAGCUGGGCCUGGACUUCCCCAAUCUGCCCUACCUGAUUGACGGGGCUCACAGGCUCACCCAGAGCAACGCCAUCCUUCGCUACCUUGCCCGCAAGCACAACCUCUGCGGGGAGACGGAAGAGGAGAAGAUCCGUGUGGACAUGUUGGAGAACGAGGUGAUGGACACGGCCAAUCAGCUGGCAAGGGUCUGCUACAGCCCUGACUUUGUGAGUCGCCUCCUGCUGAGUGGGCUGCCCUACCUGAUUGACGGGGCUCACAGGGUCACCCAGAGCAAUGCCAUCCUUCGCUACCUUGCCCGCAAGCACAACCUCUGCGGGGAGACGGAAGAGGAGAAGAUCCGCGUGGACAUGUUGGAGAACGAGGUGAUGGACCUCCGGAUGUUCCACAUCAGGACCUGCUACAGCCCUGACUUUGCCCUGCAGGUUCCCCGGCUCCUGGGUCUGGCCCGUGCAGGGUGUGGCGAUGAGUGGAGACAGGGUCAGGCACAGGCUGGUAUCUCUCGGUGCUUCCCAUCUGCCUGUCCCAGCGGGAGGUGCUACCCCGGAGUCCUAGACCUGCACCGCACGUUUGAGCCCAAGUGCCUGGACGCGUUCCCGAACCUGAAAGACUUCGUCGCCCGCAUAGAGGGCCUGGAGAAGAUCGCUGCCUACAUGAAGUCCAGCCGCUUCCUCCCAGCACCUAUUUACACAAAGAUCGCCGUGUGGGGCAACAAGUAGUGCCCGGAAGUGCAGGGCAGGGCACGGGAGCGAGGAGCAUGCCGGACUGGAGAGCAGCUGGACCUCCCCCAACCCGCCGAACCAGCUGUCUUGUUCUUUUCUCCUUUUCUUUCCUUCACCCCCACUCAGGACCCCCAAUCCCAGCUCACCGGGACUUCAGAGCUCUCAGCACCCCUUGUUCCAUAAGGCUUCCUGCACAAAGCCAAUCGGACUGACCGUCCUUUCGGUGGUCGCUCCGUUUGGAGGAGCCCGACUGGACCCCUGGCCUGUGGAGAUCAGCCCUGAGCUCCCACCUCUGCUCUGCAGACCAGGACGGCCUGGGGGUGUGCAGGCCCUGCUCCCCGCGUGGCCCCUGCCCAGCUGCUGAGCCCAGGGAAGCCUGAUCACACCUGCUGUGUCCCGUCUUAAUCCCUCCGGGCCACCGAGCUCACUCCCCAACAGGCCCUGCUGCGCCCCAGCGUCUGGCGAUGCUGGCAGUGGCGGGUCCUUGGGGAUCCUGGGUGAGACGUGUUGUUCCCAUUUCUGACACCGUUGGAGCAGGACACGUCCUGGCUCUCUGUAGGACAUAUUCUUGUGGAGGCGGUGCUACAGGCCACAGAUCACAGAGGGACUUCAAAAGCCGCCUGAGCCACGCAUACCCCCAAGCACAUGUGUGUCAGGAGCCAGGGUCGGGGCGGGAAUCUGUGGGCCUGGACAGCCCACGCUGCAAGGCCCACACUGCGGCCCUGCGGAGAGUCCCCAGGCUCCUGGCGGAGCUCCCACCCCUGCUUCUGAUGCCUCUGCAGCAGCACAGGCGGCUGGUCCCUCAGAGGCCACCUCUUCCCGCUGCACUCGCGCCACUGCACUCACCCCCACGCCCUGUGUGACCACUGUGCUCCCCGUUCUGUUCUCCUGGUUCUGUUCUUGUCAGCAUCGGGGACACCUCGCUGGCGGGCAGGCCAUUUCUGGGGCUGCGCUCAAUACCCUGCCUCUUUGCAGGGGCUGGUUCUGGAUUUUAACAACUGCGACCAUAAAGCCAAUUGAUUAAUUUUCA